ACCUGAGCUUCUUCUAAACUACAUGGGCUUCAAGGAGCUUCUUCUAAACAACCUGAGCUUCUUCUAAACUACAUGGGCUUCAAGGAGCUUCUUCUAAACUACAUGGGCUUCAAGGAGCUUCUUCUAAACAACCUGAGCUUCUUCUAAACUACCUGGGCUUCAAGGAGCUUCUUCUAAACUACCUGGACUUCAAGGUGCUUCCCCUCACUACCUGAGCUACAAAGGAAGUCUCAAUUACCUGUUCUGCAAGGAACAUAGGAGGCACCCCCUUUACCUGGGCUACAGCCUCCCCAUAGUGCUACCAAGAGUCCUGGGUCCUACUUUCCUGCAGUGUCCUGUCCGGGAGUCAUGGCUACUGGAGAGGUUCGGUACUGCUCCAGGUUCCCGUACCUGUGCCUGAAAUUUACCCUCAUUGUAUACUGUACUAUAUUCUGGCUGUUCGGCGCUCUUGUCCUGGCAGUUGGGAUCUACGCUGAAGUCGAGAGGCAGAAAUACAAGACUUUACAUGGCGCCUUCCUAGCUCCUGCCAUCAUCCUCAUCCUCCUGGGAGUGCUCAUGUUUGUUGUGUCCUUCAUUGGAGUAUUGGCCUCGCUCCGGGAUAACUUGUGCCUGCUCAAAGUGUUCAUGUAUACCCUGGGGGUCUGCCUAAUUCUGGAGUUGACUGGAGGGAUCGUUGCCUUGCUCUUUAAAAAUCAGACCAUGGAUCUCCUGAAUAAAAACAUUCGGAAGGGAAUACGGAAUUACUACGAUGAUCUUGACUUCAAAAAUAUAAUGGACUUUGUGCAAACACAGUUCAAGUGCUGUGGUGGAGCAGAGUAUAUGGACUGGGAGCAGAAUGAGUAUCACGCUUGCACGGCCCCCGGCCCUUUUGCAUGCGGAGUUCCCUAUUCUUGCUGUAGCACCAACAAGACAGCAGUGCUGAACACAAUGUGCGGAUUCCAGACCAUGACGCUGAACAGACAGGCCGCUCAGCAGUUUAUCUACGUCAGAGGCUGCACCAAUGCCGUCAUCAUUUGGUUCCUGGAUAAUUAUACGAUCAUGGCUGGAGCAUUAUUUGGUAUUCUAUUCCCACAGUUCCUUGGAGUCCUCCUCUCUCUCCUUUAUGUGACCCGGGUAGAAGACAUGAUCAGUGAGUGGAACGCCUCUGCUGAUGUUCUCCUGGAGGGUGAGGCCACCAAACACGAGAUCGAGUUCUCCUCCGUGGGCUGCUGCCGAUGCUAUCCAGGGGAGGAAUCGACAGCCUGAGCGCCUUCUCCUCGCAGCAAUUCUUCUGCUAACAAACACUAAAUAUUAACCCCAGAGCUGACCUGGAACAUUGGAGAACACGUCCAGUCCUAGAGGUGAUGGACUGGUGGACUCUUCUGAUAAACUACAUUUUCCACUUUGGUUUGACCAACAACUUUUAAGAUGUAUCGUGCCUGGUGUGUUCUGAAUAGGACAUCACUGUAUUGGUUCUCAGAGACUCUGUAAGCUGAAUUGCCAUCUUUCUUGAAGUGCACUCGAAGGAGGAUUCACCUCUGUCAUAUACAGGAGCAAAUGAAAAACGCUGCCAUGAAUAUACGGCACUCUGUGGUAAAAGACCUAAAAUCCUGUGGCCAUAGCCAAAUGUUUCACAGCAUCAAGUUUCAAGAUUAUCUGUAUUUUAUUUUUUUUUUUACUUUGGGUGCAAAAAAGGAAAACGUCAUACCUCAGGAUCCUAUCAAACUGGAAACUUAAAGGGGUUGUCAAAUUUUUGCAACCUCUUUUUUAGUAUAUAAACCCACAAAAAAUAAGAAGAUUGAUGGUGGUCCCAGUGCUGGGAUUCCUAGAAAAUCAGCUGUAAUUUGCUUAGGCAGCAAGUGUUAAUUUACCCAACAGCACACCCACAGGUGAAAUUAAGCAUUACACUGUGCACAAUGAAAUGAACAGACUGCAGGUAGGGACCAGGUCCUCCACCGAGAGACAUUCUUUGCACCCGCCAAUUGCUGUGGGUCCUGAUCUAGUGAUGCCCCUCAGAAUACCCUAAUGGGGUGUCGGCACGUUAGUUUUCUAAAUCAAUCCACCUAUUUAAAGGGGUACUCUGCAGCUUAUGAAAGAAAAAAAGUUAUUUGAAAUGAACACAAUCUGUGAAGGCAUUGUUUACUAUUUCAGGCCCCAAGGGCAGAUCUAAGUGCACAUAAAUUGUCCAUGAAAACUCUGUGUGUACACAAAGAGAGUUAUCCAGAUGGCAGCGGCCCUCAAUAUCUUUUCUCAGGAGGUCCGACUGGUGCUGGGGAUAUAUUAUAUGAGUAUGCCAUGUACUUUUGUCAAAUAAAUGUAUGUAUAAAAGUCGGAGACACCCUUUUAAAGGGGUUCUCCGGCAAUUAAGAAAAUAAAAAUAGUUAAAUAUGAAUUUAGUAUAAAUAUAAAUACCUUUCAUUAGUUAUAAUGGUUUAUAUUGUCUAGGGAGCAAUAAUU